AAAAAGACGCGAGGCAUGGAGAAGCAGCCGAACGCGGCUGUUUCCAAAAAAGUAUUGAAUGUCCAGAGGAAUUCAGUCACCCCUCCCGUGAACGUACGUAUUUGAGAGCGCGCACAGGAGCGGGCGCUCGCACUCCAGCUCUGCGUUCAGUCCCACGCGCUUCUGACCCUCGCUCCUCUGUGGAAAUUCCUCUUUUGCAGCCGAACAACCCAUAAGCAGCCAUGGAUGCCAUUAAGAAGAAGAUGCAGAUGCUCAAGCUCGACAAGGAGAACGCCUUGGACAGAGCUGAGCAGGCUGAGGGAGACAAAAAGGCAGCGGAAGACAGGAGCAAACAGUUAGAAGACGAACUAAUUCAGUUGGAAAAGAGCUUGCGCGCAGCUGAGGACGAGCGUGAUAAAGUGUUUGAGGAGUACCAGAGCGUGGAGGAGAAGCUCCUGUCCGCCGAGGAGGUCGCCACCAAGCUUGAGGACGACCUCCUAGCACUGCAGAAGAAACUGAAGGGCACUGAGGACGAGCUCGACAAAUAUUCGGAGGCUCUGAAAGAUGCACAGGAGAAACUGGAGCUGGCUGAGAAGAAAGCCGCAGAUGCUGAGGGUGAUGUAGCGUCCCUGAACAGACGUAUCCAGCUGGUGGAGGAGGAGUUGGAUCGCGCACAGGAGCGUUUGGCUACUGCCCUGCAGAAGCUGGAGGAGGCCGAGAAGGCUGCUGAUGAGAGCGAGAGAGGCAUGAAGGUGAUUGAGAACAGAGCUCUGAAGGAUGAGGAGAAGAUGGAGAUCCAGGAGAUCCAGCUAAAGGAGGCCAAACACAUUGCUGAGGAGGCCGACCGCAAAUACGAGGAGGUGGCCCGUAAGCUGGUGAUCGUUGAGGGUGAGCUGGAGCGCACAGAGGAGCGUGCCGAGCUGAAUGAGAGUAAAUGCGCUGAGCUUGAGGAAGAGUUGAAAACUGUGACCAACAACCUGAAGUCCCUGGAAGCCCAGGCUGAGAAGUACUCACAGAAAGAAGACAAAUAUGAGGAGGAGAUCAAGGUCCUCACUGACAAACUGAAGGAGGCCGAGACCCGUGCCGAGUUCGCCGAGAGGUCAGUCGCCAAGCUUGAGAAGACCAUCGAUGACCUUGAAGAUGAGUUGUAUUCCCAGAAACUCAAGUACAAAGCCAUCAGCGAGGAGCUGGACCACGCUCUCAACGACAUGACUUCAAUGUAAUUCAUCUGUGGUCUCUGCCUGUGCCUGUGCCCCUCCCUCAUUACCCACAAUCCCCCUCUCACCCGCUCUAAACCAGGUCUUGUAUCCUCAGUUCACACACUGAUUCUUCAACUCUAUCGCUGUAACUCUACAAGGCUUAUGGUUCCUGUAGUGCUGUUUAAGGUUUUUGAAGUAUUUAGCUUAGUUGAGAUUCAUCCAUGAGUUAAUGUUAAGACCAUGGCUUGUAGAGUCAGUGUAUAGGAGUUUUGUGAUUUUGAAUUCAUAACUAUUGUUACUUUAAAUAAUAUUGUGUGGAAACAAAACUACUUAAACUUUGGUUAAAUGUUUGCUACUAAGGCUGGGUGAAACAGCUUUGAGUUUAUUUCUAUUUUGUUAUAUAAAUGUAAAAUUUAAAUAUUUGUAAAAAAAAAAAAAUUAUAUUAAAUUUAUAAAUUGAAAAAAUAUAUAUUUAAUUAAAAUAUUGAAAUGUUUGAGAACUUUU